CCGGGACUGUAAACAGAAAGUGGGACUCAGGCUGAGCCUCGGCGUUCGGGGAAGAGAACCAGCGGUUUAGCGGAGAUUCCUCCGGCCGCCGCAGCGGGCGUGCGCUUCAGGGGCCGGCGCCUCGUCCCCACUUCUGUGCCUCCCUCGCCGCCCCGCGCCGGUGGAGCUGUUCCGUCCCGCGCCGGAGCCCACCUUUCUACCGAAGCGUCACCAGGGCCAUGGCCGAGUACUCCUACGUCAAGUCCACCAAACUGGUGCUCAAGGGAACCAAGGCCAAGAGUAAGAAGAAAAAGAGCAAAGAGAAGAAGAGAAAAAGAGAAGAUGAUGAAGAAACCCAACUUGAUAUUGUUGGAAUCUGGUGGACAGUAACAAACUUUGGUGAAAUUUCGGGAACCAUAGCUAUUGAAAUGGAUAAAGGAACCUACAUACAUGCACUUGACAAUGGACUUUUUACACUGGGAGCUCCACAUAAAGAAGUGGAUGAAGGCCCUAGUCCUCCGGAGCAGUUUACAGCUGUCAAAUUGUCUGAUUCCAGAAUUGCCCUAAAAUCUGGCUAUGGAAAAUACCUUGGUAUAAAUUCAGAUGGACUUGUUGUUGGGCGUUCAGAUGCGAUUGGACCAAGAGAACAAUGGGAACCAGUCUUUCAAGAUGGGAAAAUGGCUUUAUUGGCCUCAAAUAGCUGCUUUAUCAGAUGCAAUGAAGCAGGUGAUAUAGAAGCAAAAAGUAAAACAGCAGGAGAAGAAGAAAUGAUAAAGAUUAGAUCCUGUGCUGAAAGAGAAACUAAGAAAAAAGAUGACAUCCCAGAGGAAGACAAAGGAAAUGUUAAACAGUGUGAAAUCAAUUACGUAAAGAAAUUUCAGAGCUUCCAAGACCAGAAACUUAAAAUAAGUAAAGAAGACAGUAAAAUUCUUAAAAAGGCCCGGAAAGAUGGAUUUUUGCAUGAAACACUUCUGGACAGGAGAGCCAAAUUGAAAGCUGAUAGAUACUGCAAAUGACCAGGGUUUUUAUCUCUGUCUUUUGUUUUUCUGAAUAAAAUAAUCAGUGGAAGUGUUUUUAUAGA